AUGGCUCAUUUCGUUCCUUCAAAGAAGUCAUUCACAGCAGCAGACACCGUGGAGCUUCUCGCAGACCGCCUUAUCCGCUAUCACGGUUUUCCAGAGGUGCUCAUAUCGGACUGCGACCGCCGUUUCCAGUCGGAUCUUUGGAACCAACUCUGUCGCCGCUUUAACAUCAAACGGUGCAUCUCCUCGUCCUACCAUCCGCAAAGCGACGGCCAAACUGAACGGGCUAACCGCACACUGGAGCAGAUGCUUCGUACCUAUAUCAAAUCUGACGAACGCGAGUGGGAGCGUUUGCUUCCGGCCUUGGAACUUGCCUACAACACAGCAAGUCAUUCAUCCACUGAGCUCUCUCCUUUCGAGGUCAUGAUUGGCGAGAACCCAUUGACGGCCGCGGACCUUGAUAUCGUAGGCGCGCUAGCUCCUACACUCACUCCCCCGAUGACUAAGCUCUUCCGACAGCUCUGCGACAGGGCACAGAGUCACAUCCUGAAAGCAAAAUGGCAGCAGAAGUACUACGCAGACACGAAGCGCCGAGCAGUGGAGUACGCGGUGGGCGACAAG